ACAGACCUCCGCCUUCCGCUGAUGAGCAAAGACCAAAAUCAACGGCGCAGAUCGACGAAGAAAAAAUAAUUAAUCUCCUCUCUUCUCUUCCCCCAUUUUUAAUCUUCGAAAGGGCUAGGGUUUCAUGGCGGAUCUAGGCGGACCGAGCACGCCGGAGAGUGGACACUCCGGCGGAGGAGGCGUCGGCGGAGCGAGGGAGCAGGAUCGGUUCUUGCCGAUCGCUAACAUUGGACGGAUCAUGAGGAAGGCGAUCCCUGAGAAUGGAAAGAUCGCGAAGGAGGCGAAGGAAUCGGUUCAGGAGUGCGUGUCUGAGUUCAUUAGCUUCAUUACGAGCGAGGCAAGCGAUAAGUGUCAGAGAGAGAAGAGGAAGACGAUUAAUGGAGAUGAUCUGCUGUGGGCGAUGGGGACGCUAGGGUUUGAAGAGUAUAUUGAGCCAUUGAAGCUUUAUUUGCAGCUGUAUAGAGAGAUGGAGGGAGACAGUAAGGGACCACGUACAGCUGAUCAAUUGGGAAAGAGAGAUGGGGCUUUUAAUGGAGAUGCAGGAAGUUCGUUCAAUGGCAUGUAGAGAUGGAUAUAUCGAUCCAGGCAGGAUAUGCACAUGUUGCCACUAGUUCUUCUUUGUGUCUUUGUGUAUUUCUCUUUUAUUUGUUUUAGUAAUACUUUCCCGUGGCAGUUGAAAUUUGCAUUCCUCCAGCUUGUAGUCUUUGGUGGUAUAUUGAAGUUUAAAUGUAGAACAUACUGGGGGUUGACGGAUGAGACUGACGGAGUUUUCAUCAGUCUCUGGGUUUCUUUACUGA